GGACGGCACUACGCGGUCAACGUUGUAUAACGUUUCCAUCUACAGGUCAAUUACCAUUAUUACAACAUGUGCCCGCUACGUGCUGGAUAUGCUUGGUUGAGGAAGAUUGUUUCCUGCCUUCGUGAUGGGGUUUCCCGCCGCGAAAAUGUGUCUUCUGAGGGCCCUCCUGUUCGCAUCCCUGCUUGGUGUCUCAUCUUCAACUCAAUUCCUGGCCACACUGAACAUGGGAGGGGUCACAGGUCAAGUGAACUUUGACUCCAACUCUACAAUGGCCUCUGUCAACAUCUCAGGCGCUGGAUCAUGUGGUGCUCUGAACUUCACUGUCACUGGGUUUCCGGUCAUGUACGGCCAUUUUGCCCAACCGUGUGAAGAGUCGAAUAUCGGUUCGACGAUGUUCACCUUCACCGCCGACCCAGUGUCAAAUGUUAAUGUAUCACAUCUGUUUGUUGAUCGGUCAAGUCUGGAUGACCUCUCACUGUCCCUGCAGACCUGCAACGGCACUAAGGUGUGCACUGUUGUAAGUCAAGGUCAGAAAACGAUGACUCAGCAGUCCCGGUUCACAGGUCCGACUGCUGGUGAUGUUUAUAUUCGUCGGAACAACGGGAGCACAAGGAUCCUUUCAGACCUCUUCACCAUCAAUCUGCUCAGAUCUUCGCACGAGGAGACCACUCUGUUCAGCUCAGCAAGCACGGCCGCCAGUUGUGAAGUUCUUCUUGGCAGCUUGAAUGCCUCAGCAUUGACAAAUCUUGGCACUGUCCGGGUGGGAUCACCUUUAAGUCGUGAGAAGUCCCGCCUUGAACCGACUGGCUUCAACAUGAACACUAGUUUCCUUCUCCUUCGCCGCAACUCCAGUUUCCAGUGCGCGCAGGUCUAUAACAUGCCAGAGAAACGGGUCAGCGCUGUCGUGAGCAUGAAAGGAAUCAAAGGACAAUUCACCUUCCACCAGGCGUCACCGUUUGAUGUGACCGAGAUCCGGCUGGAGUUGGAGAACCUGCAGAGCAAAGUCGGCCCUUUUCAUGUGCACCAUUUCCCUGUUCCGUAUUCCCUAGCAUCCGUCGAGUGUUCAAAUGAUAACGUAGGAGGACACUGGAAUCCUUUCAAUGUUGACACUAGUGAUCCCUCUUACCCCAAAGUGCCUGGAUCAACUCAUGACCGCUAUGAAAUUGGUGACCUCAGCGCAAAGCAUUUGUCACUCGCUGGUAAGAACAGAACCACAGAGAUGUUCACCGACUUCAACCUUCCUCUUUUUGGGAAGAACAGCAUUGUCGGUCGCUCAGUUGUGAUACAUCGACCUGAUGGAUCCAGGUACGUGUGCGCCUCCAUCGGAUACCCCGACGAAGUGGUCGUUGGUCGGGCAAGAUUUGAGAACCUUGUGGUGGGUGAGAUUGUGUUCAUACAGCAGAAAAACAACCCGCAGUCUGACGUCUCUAUCUUCGUGGAUCUGUCCUAUGGAAAUCCAUCAAUGGCUGGAACAAAAAACCACAACUGGCAUAUUCACACUUACCCCAUCAGCUCCGAGCGGGAUGAUGAGGAAAAUCACUGCAACACUGCCAGAGGGCACUGGAACCCCUUUAGCGUUGACACAGCAAACCCAAACUACACUAGUCACUGUGGCCCUUCCUCCCCAUUAGCCUGUGAGGUGGGAGAUCUCUCCAACAAACAUUCCACAGUCAACCUAGACACUGCAGUAGGCGGAUUUGGAGCAAAGAACUUCUUCACUGAUGUCUUCUUGUGGCUACCUCCAUCUGGCGCAAUCGGCCGAUCUGUGGUCAUUCAUGAGGCAGAGGGAGGCGGUCCAAGGGUUGCGUGUGCCAACAUAACUGAGGUUCAGAUCCCUAAAGUGAGCUCAGGUAAUUGGCACGGGCCGGGACAAUCCGACGGACAAAUCCAGUUCUCACAGUCGAUCCCAGGGGGCCCGACAAUCAUAGAUGUCUCCCUGACAAAUCUGAAUAAUUCAGCGGACAGCUACUACAUUGGUGUGCUCCCUCUCAAACCCGGCAGCACUGACCCCUGCUCUAGUGCGGAGAUUCAGGGUCGCUACAAUCCCCGUGGCUGGAACAUAUCAGAGUCCCCGGAGCCUGGCAGUGGAACUGUUGACCAGUAUCAAGUUGGAGAUCUGGCUGGAAAAUUUGGGUUGAUUAACGACUUGGACCAAAUAGUUAAACAGUUUGUUGACCAAUACCUACCUAUAACUGGGCCCCGCAGCAUCGCUGGACGGUCCGUGGUGAUUAACAACAGAAAUGGAUCAAGAAUUCGCUGUACGACCAUCUCCGCUCAGACUAACCCAGGUGGGCACUGGACUCUUGCCAAAGCUGUUUUCAACGGCGUGGUGGAGGGGAACAUUACCCUGCGGCAGCAGAUGGUUCCCAGAGGGGCCAGCCACGACACAACCUUGGAGGUGGACCUUCGUUCAGCCACAAGACAGAUGGCAGAGGCGACAUUGUUCAUCCAAAGCCAAAGAGUAGGCAACAGCAGCACGUGCAGUGGCCUGUCGGAGACAUUCAAUCCCUUCAACAUGACAUCAAAGAACUUCACCUGUUCACUGGAGAAGCCCUUCGCCUGUAUUUUGGGGGAGCUUUCUGGAAGACAUGGCGACAUCAGCCUCACACAGAGACAGUUGAUUAUUGACAACAGGCUCCAACUCAUCGGGGAUAAUACCAUCGUCCACAGAGCCAUCGUGCUGAAGAAUGGCACCGACAUCAUCGCCUGUGCUGACAUCGUUCCAGAGUCUCCAUCAGCGGAUCAGACUUUUCCCACAGUGAGCAUGUUUAGCCGUUAUGGUUUUCGGAAGAGGGUUGCUGACAUCGUUCAGGUCGAUUUGCAAAGAGUCACCAUCCUCGGAGAUUCCCCUGAGCGUGCGGCUAAUGGGGCAUGCCAAAAGGUCACCUUCAUGAUAUCUGGGGACGUCAAUGAGGAACUUCUGAGGUCAGUGAAAACAAGUGAACAGAUGGGGCCCUACAAGGAGUCCGACUCAUGCACUAGAAACGCAGGUCUGCGGAUGGUGGCAACAAAUUCCCUCAUUGGCCUGAUGUUCGCCAUCUCCAUCAUGGUGCCAUUCUACCGAUGACUUCUUCAUUUGUAGCAACCAUGAGAUGAAGGUUCAUGGAUCCUUAUUUUUUAAUAUGAAUUUAAAAGUUAUAUUUUCCUGUGCAAAUUCUGGGUUUUGUAUAAAUCAAAAUUGGGUUUCGACUGCUUCACUGCUCCUUAACUGUUGUUGUACAAUCUUUAAAAGUGGCAUGAAGUCACUGUCUUACAUUCCGGUAUUUUGACUUCUGGUCGUAUAACUGCACUGUUGGUUUUAAUUGU